CGCGCGAGCGCGCCCGCAGACGUUGCUCAGGCUUCAAGAUGGCGGAAGCCCUGACAACUCAGGAGGAGGUGGCGGUGGAGGAGUUUCUGGCUGAGGUGAGGUGUAGAGAACAGUCACAGAAUGCCGCCCUCGUCAGUCAGAUGACAGCAGUCAAGUUCCUCAUGGCACGAAAGUUUGAUGUCCCUAGAGCCAUAGACCUUUUUCAGGCUUACAAGAAUACCAGAAUAAAGGAAGGUAUCUACAAUAUUAACCCUAAUGAAGAACCUCUGAGGACUGAGUUGUUGAAUGGCAAGUUCACGGUUCUGCCAGGACGUGAUGCAAAGGGUGCAGCCUUGGCACUCUUUACCGCUCGCCUCCAUCGGCCUGAUGUCACUACCCAUAAGGCUGUUCUUCAAGCCAUCAUAUAUCAGCUGGACAAGGCAAUAGAAAGCAUUCAGACUCAGAGAGAUGGUCUUAUAUUUAUCUAUGACAUGACAAACUCCACCUAUGCCAACUUUGACUACGAACUCUGUGUGAAGAUUUUAAACCUCCUCAAAGGUGCUUUCCCUGCCCGGUUAAAGUGUGUGUUCAUCGUGUCGUCGCCUCUCUGGUUUCGAGCACCGUUUGCCGUGCUGCGUCUUUUUGUGCGAGAGAAACUAAGAGAAAGGGUAUGUACAGUCAAAGCUCAUGAACUGGCCAAUCACAUCCCAGUCAGCUCCCUCCCAGAACACCUUGGAGGCUCAUCACAGUACAGCCACAUUGCAUGGAUCCAGUCAUGUGUCAACUCCAGCCCAAAUAACCAAACAAAUGCGCCCUACGCCACAGCGGACUGCCUGGGAAGCUUACUGCACUCUUACUCAUUAGAGCAAAACCAGACAGCCAGCAGUAACCCCCUAACUGCCAACACCUCCGCCCAGGUGGGAGCUACCCUCCUAGGAGAUGGACUUAACUCAAACUGCCCCCACUUGGAUGACGGAAACGCCAACCUCCAGAACCACGCCCACUGGAACGGCUCAGCACUGCCAGGAUCAGGGGUUAUUGCGGGCUCUAACGCCAAUGUUGUGAACGGCCGGGGUCACCAGCCACCCCCACAGUCGGACACGCCCCCAGACACGCCCCUGCACCAAAAACACAGCUCAGAAACAGGGGUCAACUCUGUGAAGAGAGGCGGCAUGCCUGUCGAUAACUUCAGGCACGAAGGACACGGUGCAAAAGACAACCAACAGGAAGUUAACUUUCUCGAAGAGGAGGUGGAAGCUGGAGACGGAGUGCCUCCUCUUCCUCAGAAAUCCUCAAGGCCUACACCGCUGUCUCGCAGCCCCGUCCAGGACAUGAGCUGGCUGCCUGGAAUAGGUGGGGAGGCAUCUGUGAUGUCUGUACAUAUUGCAGAGCCAGGGGGCAUGAGCGUGCAGGAUCUGGUUCAGCAUGUGAAGCGCAAGAAAAAGAAAGGCAUCUAUCAGGAGUAUGAGGAGAUCCGUAAAGAACCGCCUGCUGGAACCUUUGACUACUCAAAGAAACCAGCAAACCAGAUCAAAAAUCGCUACAGUGACGUCCUCUGUUUGGAUGAAUCUCGUGUCCGUCUUUGUCCGCUCGACGACGAGGACGACGAGACAUCUGACUACAUUAAUGCUAGCUUCAUGGAUGGCUACAAGAUGACUAAUACUUACAUUGCUACUCAGGGGCCUUUGCCAAAAACUUUUGGCGAUUUCUGGAGAAUGGUGUGGGAGCAAAUGGUAUUAAUCAUUGUCAUGACCACAAGAGUUGUGGAGCGAGGGCGGGUAAAGUGCGGUCAGUACUGGCCGUUGGAAGCAGGCCGCACUGAAGAGUAUGGGUACUUCCUGGUGAGAAACGUCCAUAUUGAGAUGUUUCAGGAUUUUAAACUCUCUCAUCUGGAGCUCUAUAAUAGUCAGACUGGCGAGUGCAGAGAGGUGUCUCACUACCUAUACGUGAGUUGGCCAGACUUCGGGGUUCCAAAAUCUGCUUCGGCUAUGUUGGAUUUCCGGGCGCAGGUGAAACAGAGGCAGGAGCUCGCAUUGCGAACGCUGUAUCCUGAUUGGACAGGACCUCCAGGGGGCCCUCCAGUAGUGGUUCAUUGCAGUGCUGGAAUCGGAAGGACAGGUACGUUCUGCACGUUGGACAUCUGCCUUUCGCGGCUGGAAGACAUCGGCACGGUGGAUAUCAAGCAGACGGUGCGCCGCAUGCGCACGCAGCGCGCCUUCAGCAUCCAGACCUGGGACCAGUAUUACUUCUGCUAUAAAGCUGUGAUCGAGUACGCCCAACAGACAGGCCGCCUGCAGCCCGUGGAGUGGUCCGACACAGAGCUGGAGACAGACAGCGAGUGAGACAGCAGGGUGAACGACAGAGAGAGGGAGGAGAGAGACAGUUCUGUUCCUCCCUGCAGAUCUACGCAGAAGCAGAUCCCUGCCUGCCUGUGUGCUCAGAGCUUUUCCUCACUGGGCUAAACUGCAGGAAGACGGGAGAUAAAAGAGAAGAACAGAAAAGAAGCAGAGGAGAGGAUUCUUUUAUCCUGCCACUUUUCAAACCCUCUUUUUAAAUAAAAAAAAAAAACAAAACAAUCGACAAAAAAAAAACAGAACAACACCUACGAUCCAGGUGAGGUCUGUAUAUCGUGGAUUGGUGUACGUACGAGUUGUAGCAUUUUAUUCUUUUUAUUAUUAAUUUUCAUUUUUUGACUUGCACAUGUGGAAUGACAAACUUGAAGUAUUACCCAGUUUACUCGUUUUCCUUUUAUUUCCUGUUCUGUUUCAUUUCGUAUUACCUGCUUACAAUAUUCAGAUCUCAGUGUCACAUGAGGUUAAUGUCAUACCUUUAAAAAAAACAAACAUAUAAAAACUAAAGAGAGAAAGAAAAAAAAUUGAAUGAAAUUGGUGUGUGAAAUCUUGAAAAAUUUUGUCGCAACAAAAAAAGUCCCAACAAGUUUUUUUUUUUUCCCCAUUUCUUUCUUUUCUUUACUUUCCUUUUUUUACGUAACUUGUUCGUACAUGGUUAACUAACCCUCAAGCCAAAGGUAUCGCCUUGAAUUGAAUGCUUUGAUGUAUGUGUAUGAUAAUGAUGAUGAUGAUUAUCAUUGUGACUUAAAACCUUGUAUAUUCUUGUAAGAUACGUUUAUAUAUUGUGCAUAACACCUUUGGAAAAAAAGCCUUGUUUUAAUAUAAUACUCUUGAUGUUCAGAAGUAUAUAUGAAAAAAGUAUAAAUAUAUGUAUAAAUAUAUAUGUUGGAUUAGAACAAUAAGGAAGGAGGAGAGAUAAAGAUAUCACGAUAUCACAGAGAGAGAGGAAAAAAAAAACUAUGCUAUACAUCAUAUAUCUGUGCGAGUUCUGGUCCUGCAUCCAGUUUUUAUCCGUUCCAUUUCCUUACUUGACGAUUUUCCGAGAUUUGGCCUUAAAUCCAGGGCUCAUAUUCACCAAGUGACCCAGAAUAGGAGGGCUGGUAAUGCUAGUUUUCGUAAAAUUAGCGUCAACACAAAAAAAGAAAGAAAAAUAGUCUUGGGUCGACGUAUAUUGUUAGUGCAUUUCUUUUUUGCAUGCGUGAGUGAUGAGAGAACGUCCCUUCUGAUCAAAGGUGAGCACAGUCGUGACUUUCUUUAUGGUGACUGUGUUUAUUUUAUAAUGUGAAGUCUAUGCCUGCGGCCUUCUUAUCCUAACUGGCCUCUGAAAUUUUUUCGUUCCUAAAAUGCACCAAAUGUAGCUUAGUUUCUCAAGUUUGUUGUUUCUGAUUCUUUAAAUUUAAAUGAAUGGCUUAAGUAGGCCUGUCACAAUAACUAAUACAUUUCUUGGAUGAUAUAAUGGUUCAGAAAUAAAUGCAAUAAAGAGUAUUAUCAUCUUAACGCCAUUUUAUGUCACUGGUAUAAUUAUAGUAUAAUAGCGUAUCAAUGCAGCCGCAUAUCUUUUAAUUGUUAAAAAAUAUUCAGAUUUUGGUACUGGAAUAUAAAAUCUCUUACCAACCCAAGUAAAUCAAAUAAUAAUAAAAAAAAACACUUGUUGUAAACAAAGUUCAACCUAAGUAACGUAAUGAGCAGUGUUGUGGUUAUGUCCAUAUGUUGUUCGGUAGAUAAGUUGAUGAUGACCUAAUUAUUGUGACAGGCCUUAGCUUGAGCAAGUCUGUAGUGUUUAGCAUCACCGAGUAGUGAUCUGAUCCUAGAUCAGCUCUCCUCAUUCUUAGACGAAUUGUGAAUACUGGCCCUAAACCUUAAAUCACUGCCUUGUUAAAAAAAGAAGAAAAAAAAAGUGAAUUCUGCUGCCCUCGAUCCUUUUUCCUGUUGUUUUUUUACUCCUUUUCUAUUUCCUGUUUGAACCUCCUUUACCCAUCACCCCACAAACUGCGGCCCUGUCUCAAUCCAACGUCCUGCACUUCUCCUGCUUCAACUUCUACUUGUACAUUGGGUGAAUGUUGCUGCGUCUAUGUUAUAUGGCUGUGUGAUAAAACGUGUUUUUAUUGGUAUUGAGAUAAAGGUUUUCAUGAUUUCAUAACAAGGCUGGAGGUAGAGCGAGGCUCACACCAAACUAUUACUUCUCUUGAGUUUGGCCAGUCUAAAUGCUGAAUUUUUUUUUUAUAUAUAUCGUUUUAACAGCAUUCUUAGCAUCACAUGUUGGCCAGAUUAAAAAAAAAAUGGAUUUGGCAACAUUACUAAUACUUUGAUUUAGCCAAUAACCACUAAAGGUUGUCCAAAGUUGUUUGAAUUAAAGAUGUUUGGGCAGAUUUUGUUUAUAGUUUGGAAAAUUGGACAGUGGUCAAGCUGAGCAGUGGAUUGCUAAAGGCCUAUAGCAAAGCCUAUAUAUCUGCUGGUUAACUAGCUACUUUAGGUCAUCAUAUGCAUUUUGAAAGAAAGCAGGUGCAAUUAAGUAUUAUUACCGUAUUAUUCCAUAAUUCCCACGUGAAGGGGAGCUAAAAUUGGCUUUUGCAAGUUUUUAUUUUUCUGUUUCACUUUAAAUUCUGCAGCCUCUGCUCUGGCUAAUGUAUCAAAGCUGGGGAUCUGGCGCUUUCCUCCGAGCCAGUUGUUUUGGUGCAUUGGCGGAAGUUUGCAAGGAGCCAAUGGCUGACUACUCAUAUAUCAAAGGAGUGAUUAUGGAGAGUUCUAGAGCGGGAGUGAAUGGUUUUAUCGGCUAAGCUAAACAAUAAUAAAUAAUUCAAAGUUCACUUCAUUGAUCAAGUGGUGUAGCAUAGUGGAUAACAGCACCCCUGCUGGUCCUACAGCUGACUGGCAUUUCAUUCUCCAGCUAAAAGUUAAAAGUCCUUGGUUGAGACUUCUAAAAAAAUAUCUGAAAUAUAAUUUUCAUACCUAAUCAAUCAAUAUUUGCAUUGCAGAUUCACUCGAACUAGAUUAAAAAGCCAAAUAUCGUAAAUUAGUAGUUGUUUGAGGACAAAUUGCAGGAAGUGUGGGCAGUCUGAAUGAGCACGGAUUGGGACAGGGCCGCUGGCUGUGCAGAGUUGGAGCCCAGAGGUCAGCCCGGCCUCCGUUAUUUUGUGCCUUCGAGGUUUCCGUAGCGCAGCAUGUCGAGCAGAAGAACUGAUCUCGUAAAAGGAUUUUUUUUUUUUUUUUAAUCUCAGGGGUAAAUGUGCUGUUGUUGUCCUGGUGUCAAAAAAAAGAAAAGUUUUUAUCGUUUUUGCUCUCUGGCGAUGAUUAUUUCAACACAAAGCAUAGCUUUUUUUUUUGUAUCACAUAUGAUGACUUGUAUUAUAUUCUCUUUUUAUUUAUGUCUUUGUACUUUGAACUUCAGCAGUAUUGAAAUUUGAAUGUCGGUACGAUGGAAAAGAAGAAGUGGAAAAAAAGGACAAACUAUUUGAAUCCGAUAAGCUAGAAAAAUUGAACACUGACUUAUUCGGGUGUUACAUGCAGUUUUUUUUUUUUUAUAUUAUUAUUAUUUGAAAUGAUGUUACUUGCUGUUGUACAUUUUUGGGAGCUGCUCUCAGAAUGAAAGAAUGUUCAUGUGAUUGGAUCAGUUAUCUGUUGCUGUUUGAUGUCUGAUGUUACAAAAGCCUCCUGCUGACCAUUUGUUCUACCGUUUCAUUCUCCUGACUGUUGGAGGGAUUUGAGGGAAUGCUUCCUAAACCUGGUCACUUCAUAAGUCUUCGGUGUUUGAAUUAUCCUGAUAAAUCCUGAUAAAAAUGCAAGUGUAAACUAGAGCUGGGUGAUAUGGCCCAAAAAAUAGAUCUUCGAUUUUUUUUUUAAUCUGAUUUUCGAUUUAAAUCUAUUUUUCCCCUUCUAAAAAUCAAAUUGAAAAUGAUAAAGAAAUGGUUAAAAACUAGUUUUGAUUUAUUAAGUUCUCACUUAACUCUCCCCUUUGUGGUUAAAGUGCAACCAGACACAAGCAAAAAAAAAAAAACAAUUGUAAACUGUGAGAACAUCUAGUAACUUUUAGAAAGAUUUCUCCAACAUAGUUUAGGUACUGACACAAUGCACCAUCAAUAAAUAAAUAGAAAGAAAUAAAAUUGUGCCCUUUUUGAUAAAACUUACAAAAUAGAAAACAAGUACAAUUUAAAAUGCUAUUAAGUAAAGAAUUUUCCCCAUUGGGCUUAAUUUGUAAAACAAAGCUUUUAAAUAAGUGCCAGUGUUCUAUAAAAUGAGAUGAUCUUUUCUCAUGAAUAUGAAACAAAUCAUGACAAAUCAUGCGCGUGGGAGGGAGGGAGAGAGGAGCGGGGCUGCGCGAGGGGGAGAGAGGCGGGGCUGCGUGAGGGGGAGAGGGGCGGGGCUGCGUGAGGGAGAGAGGGGCGGGGCUAAGCUCAUUCUGAAAAACACAUCGUCCUUAACUGUAAAUUCGAAUUAAUGGAUAAAAUCGAUUAAUUGCCCAGCUCUAGUGUAAACACACCCAAGGCCCAAUUAAAACAGAUGACAACAAAUCGUAUCACUCAGACCACGUUCCAAUCUGAUUAGGACACUGGUACUAGUGACAUGACGUGACCCAGGUGUAAACUGAGCAAUUGGGGAUCAAUUUGUUUAGUGUUUGUCACUGGCAUAAUGUUUAUGAUCUGAUGCUAUAUUUCUAUUAACUCUUGCUUACAUUUACAUUUGCUGCUUUUUAAAUGUUUUAAUUUGAUCCUCAAAUAUUUGCCAACAUUUAAGGAGAAUGAGAUAAAGAGGGUGAUCAGCUGGAUAUAUAAAUAUACAGUACCAGUCAAAAGUUUGGACACACCUCCAAUAACAGUGUUUCGUUAUUUUAAAAAAUGUUUCUGCAUUGUGAUUAAAACUCAUCUUCUAAGUCAUCCAAACUAUGAAGCAAAACAUCCGUAAUUAUUUAUUUAACAAAGUAGAAUAUUUUAGAUUCUUCAGAGUAGGCAUCUUGGUAAGAAAAGGUUACUUUAAGAAAUGAAGGUCAGUCAAUCAAAAAAAUGUCAAAUUUGAAUGUAGGUGUAGUCGCAAAGGCCAUCAAAAUAAUCUAACGAAACUGGCUCUCAUCAGGACCGCCCCAGGAGAGGAAGAGCAAGCAUUACCUCUGUUGCACAAGAUAAGUUUAUCAGAGUUACCAACCUCAGAAACCGCAAGUUAGCAGCUCCCUAGAUAAGAGCAUCUAAAAGCUUCUUAUUUUUAUUUAGUUUGGUUUGUUUAACACUUUUAAGUUACUGCAUAAUUCAAUAUGUGUUCCUUCAUAGUCUGGAUGACUUAAGUAUUAAUUUAUAAUGUAGAUUUAAAAAUAAUACAUUCAAUAAAAACAUUGAAUAAGACAGUGUGUCCAAACUUUUAACUCGUACUGUAUAUGGUUAAUUAGAGCUGGGCAAUAUGACUAUAUUUUAUGAUAUUGUGAUCUUUUUUUUUUUCUUGUGUCGACAGUAUGUUUUUUUGAAGCAUAUUGAGAUUUGUUAAAUGUUAAAAGAACAACACUGACCCCAACUGGUACAUUUCAUUACAGAAACAGUAAACAAAUGGAUGAUUUGCAGCUAAAAUAACAGUUUUAAAGCAGUUGAAUGUCAAAAUAAUUACAAAUAAAUAAUACAAAUUAUAUACAGGGAAAAAUGUUUGUUGAAAAUAUCAUGGUAUUGUUUUACAUAUCGCCCAGCUCUAUGGUUAAUGACAUCACACGCAGUAAAGGAAGUACGAUUUUUAAAAAAAAUCAGAAUUGAAUUGAAAUUGAUUGUUGAGUCGAAAUCAGCUCAAGCUGUUGCUCUUAAUACAUUGGUUACCUCCUCAAGAAUCUUCUAGAAUGGUGUCAUUAAGCUUCUACGCUGACAUAGCCGCGAAUGUGGGGGAGGUGUGUGUAGAGGAAUCUACUUGUAUCCAUUGUGUACUGGUUUGUACUGGUUGGAUGAACGUUAUUACCGAUCAGGCAUGAUGAUCCGUCUUUAAUCAUGCCUGAUUGAUUGUUUCUGAAGCUAAAUUCUUGGAUGGUUGUUGCUGGGUUGAAGUAAUGAUGUGAAAGACGAGCGUGUGGAAGGUGAACUUUAGACUCUGAAUUAUUUAAGGCUGAUGGGAAUGCAUUUUUUUUUGUUUUGUUUUGUUUCUUUUAUUUGUUUUCUUUUUUGUGAUUGAGUAAUGGCCUUUUUAUUUGCCGUCUGCAUAAAGUGUCAUUGCAGCAUCUGCAUUAGUAAACAUGACUAUUAUUCUGAAUCAGCUGCUCUGUUUGUGUGUUUUGGAUGCAUCAAGCAUGACAUUAUGAACACCACCUUGUUUCCACAACCGUUAUCCACCGUUAACCGUUUGUUAGCUCCACUGAUCGUUUAGAACACUGUAGUUCUGUAAUAAUAGACUGUAGACCUGUAUCUGUUUCAUUGCAUAUUUUAUUACCCUUCUUUCACUUUGUUCUUUCACAGGACCACCAGAGAGCAGCUAAUAUUUGGGUGGUAUGUCAUUCUCAGCACUGCAGUGAGUUGCAGUGGCGAGGUAGUGUGUUCUUCCCCCAGAAAGGUCUUCUAAUAAAGGACUAGAGCACGAUCAACACAAACUGUUCAGCACAUGAUGAGCUUCUGUCUAUGACUUUACAUCGACAAGGUGGAACAGCUGAGUAGGAGAGAAACUGCGGCGGAGCUGGAGGAACAGCAGCCCACCUGAGAGGAGCUUCAGACCGGCCCUGAGAUUAAUCCCUGGUUGAGGGACCCUCUGUUUGCAACGCCUGCACCAUCGAGGAAGGCCACAGCGGACAUUCCAUCAAAACGCUAAAGAAUGCCAUGAGGGACAUGAGGGUCCUGAAACACCAGCCAGCGUUCUCUAAAACGAAGGUUCUACAAAGGGUUUUCUGAGCGAUGCCUAAGAAGAACCACUUUCAGAUUUGUUUUUAAAUGGGAUGUGGGUGUGAAGAACUUUUUACCCUGGUAAAAAACCUUUAUGUCGAGUCAAGAGAAAAUUAAACAAUGUGUUCUUAAAGUUACUGUGUACCUUAUCUUAUUUUAUUGUUAAAAGUUUCCCAUCUUCAUGUGCCUAACAACUUUCAGAAGACCUGAUGGACCUGGUGGAGCAGUUCAAGAUCUAAUCAUGUGGAACAUCAUGCUUAUGCACUUUCUGAAACCUUGCUUUUUUAGUGUGGCCUUAAAAUAACAAAGUAAAGAAAAACAUUUUUGAAAAA